AUGCCCAACACGUGGACGACCGAAGAACAGAACGAGUGGUUUGCUGACAAAAGAGAGGCCUUCCUCGCAGCUCAGAAAGCUGGGAAAGUCUCCGCGUUUUUUACAGAAACCGAAGGACAAUUCUUUGAGAGGUGGCCAGAGCUGACGCGCUUGUUUGGCCCCGAUGUCGCGCUCAGCACCCUCACGGCCGAACAGGAGGUCGCGUAUAGAGACGCGCUUGUCGCGCGAAAAAAGCGAAUUCACGCGAAGUUCUACAAUCUGCAUUCAAAACUCAAGAAAGGCGAGGCGAAUGGGGUGUCACUAACCUCGCUGCUCAGCGCGUCCGGAAAAGGCGCUGGAACGCGGUGCCCGCAAGAACUGGAGGUGUACAUGAAGCUAUAUUAUAAGGACAAGAUUCAGCCAGGUGUCGAGGCGGAGAUAAAAGAGAACAACGUACCCAGUAGCAAGACGAUCGGCGUGAUACGUCGCCACACCCAACUCGCGUAUGACGACGAAACCGAGGAGGUGAAAGCGGAGGUGAGGGCGAAGUUGUCGGAGUUGAAAGGUGCCGCCGCUGCCGCUGCCGCCAAACAGUCGUCUGCUGCCAAUGCUGGUUUGAGCCCAGCGGAAUAUCAACGCACUAUCAAUGCUCUGCCGCGGAUUGGCCAGGAGGUUACGCGCACCUUAUGUCUCAAUUCAGGGUGGUCGGCCUUCCUUGUGAUCGGAGGUCCGUGCCCCGAGGAGGGAGGGGCGUUGAAAACCAUGGCUUUCUUCGAUGGACAAACAGUCGCUGGGCAUACCUUCAAGCAAGCGUACAUGGGCUACGAGGAGAACAUAAUCGAUCCGUGGAAUGCGUUCCUAAAGGCUGUGUACCCGCGGGAAGAACGGUUACGGCGCGCGUUAACCUCCACACCCGAGCCAGAGUCCUCUGGGCCUUCCGUAGCUACGGCGCCACCACCAUCUACAGCGCCACAGCCCGUCGUGAGACCCGUUGACGAGGAAGACCGCGCACGUCACAACGUUGCCUCACCUCAGGCCGAGGAUACUGGAGGCUCCAUAGAGGUUGGUGAGGAGGCUGGACCGUCGGGAGCGGAAGAGAUUGACCCACCCGCGGCGGAGGAAGCUGGACCGUCGGGAGCAGAAGAGAUUGGCCCACCCACGGCGGAAGAAGUUGGGCCAUCUCUGAUAGAAGAUGCGGCAGCGUCAUCGUUAACGUUCGGCGGUGCGAGUGAAGAUCGGGCACGUACCGCGCCAGACGCUUCUCCCCUCCAACCUGCGUUGACCUAUGACGCCGGCUCUUCCACGCGCAACGUGCCUUACACGUCCUACGGCAAUGACGCUGACCUAUUGGGUCUCCUGCCUAGCAAUAUACCUGGUGUAUCAGCGCCGUUCAACUUCGACGGUCCACUUACCACAAGUGACGCUACGAGGUUCCUGAUCGAUGGGCCGCCCCACCCGUUGUCUUCUGGGAGUGCUAUCGGUCAGCCGUCGCUUCUCGACAUGCUCAAUGAGAACAACCCGUUCCCAAACCUCGAGGGAACGGGCUUCUCAUCCACGCAGACGGAUGCAGCCGGCUUCGGGUAUUCGCCAUCUGCCCCGUCCUACGUUCCUGACUUCGACCCUUCGCUCCUUCCUGACCUCGACCCUUUGCUCCUUCCUGACCUCGACCCUUCGCUCCUUCCUGACCUCGACCCUUCGCUCCUUCCCGAUCCUUCGCUCUUUCCCGACCUCAACACUUCGCUCCCGUUCGCAGGCGUUUCGAGUUCUUCUUUGGGCGAUCCGGCCUCGGCCAUGACACGGCCGACAACACAGGCUUCACCAUGGUGGCCCCAGGCAGUUGAGGUUGCUACGUUGUCCGCCAACAGAUCUGCUACGUCGUCAGCCAGCGAACCCACUAUGCCGCCCGGCAACAAGCCCGCGACAUCGUCUUCAAACGCCACGACCAUACGUGCAUCGCAGAGCGUCGAUCCUCUGCCGGCGGUGCAUUCAGGGCUAUCUCCUACCGAGACCACGAGCCUGGUGGGACAAGCAGCGACGGCGGAUGUGGCAGGUCAUCAAUCAGGACUUUCCCCAGCCUCCACCCAUCUCGUGUCGCAGCAACCGACUAGAGUCCCACUCUCUCGCGUCGAUGAUGGUGGGAACUGUCCCUCAACAACCCCAGAUGCCGAGCACGGACGUCCUCGGCGAGAGCGUCAUGCCCCAAAGCCACGGGACGCUGACUGGAUCCUGACUGCGACACGAUCCCGAGCGAAAGAGAAUGAGCAGGUGAUGGACGCACCUGCCAAACAGAAGAAGCGGGGAGCGACUGACACGGCGACGCCCAGAGCUAAGAGACGUAAGACUUAG